UUUAACUUUGUGUGUUCAGUGUUUUUUUUGACGCAGCUUUUCUUCGUUGUUUCGCUUCUCAAACUUCGCAGACUUGACCGGAAGAGCCGGACCGGAAACCUGCUGUUGAUGAGUCUGAGGAGAAGGAACCAUGCUCCGCUGCAGGAGGUGUCGCAAAGGUGUCAUCGACUCAGCGUGUUUAACCACGGAGGAGGCGACAGACGAGAGCUCGGCUGCUAUUUGCAGCAUCUGGCACGUGGACGUGGACUCGCUGCCGGACUGGAUCCUGACCUCGGUUCACCAGGCCCAGUGGACGGUGGGGAAACUGAACUGUCAGCACUGCUCCGCUCGUCUCGGUGGCUUCAACUUCAUCAACCGCACGAAGUGUCCCUGUGGCCAGGACGCCACCGUCCACCUCAACAAGAGCCGCGUGGAUCGUGACCACAAGCACCACGUCCUCAUCGUCCAGCCGAGGAGGACGAGGCCUGAGAAGGGACGCGCCGAUCCGCCGACGGACGGCGCCGAGAACAGCGAGGAGACGUUUAGCGGGACGGACAGUUUCCAGCUCCCUGCCGAGGCGUCGAGUUCCCCGAGUGGAAACCAGUCGUUUCCCUUCAGUCCUCUGUACUGCAUCUCUCACAGGAGGAGGUGCAGUUUGGAGGAUGGCGCCACCUUCAGGUCGUCUUGUUUUUGCCCUGCGAGCCUCAUGGACAGGUCUGCGGCCGGUUUGACGUGGGCGGGGCCGGAUGAUGAGUCCACGUGGUCACGGGUCUCGUGUCCCACACGUCAGGACGGCGAAGCCUCAGGAGACACUGAUGCCUUCAGUUCACCUGGAGGGAGGCGGAUGCUCCUGGAUCAACCGCCGCUGCCAGCUGUGGACACGCUGGAGACGUCUGUGGCGACCACGUCCGUCCACGAAGACGCUUCUGACUCAACGCUUCUCCUCAGAGGAAGCACCGCCUCCGACAGUGUGGCGGAGCGGGACGAGGAAACGGAGCUUCGAGCCUCCUCCGCCUCCCCGGCCUCGAUCCGCCGGAGAAGAACAGAGAAGAACCGUCUGAAGGGUCUGCGCCGGAAACAGAGGAGGAGAGAGCGCUGGCUGCACCGUAAGCAGGAGAAGGCCGAGAGUUUGAGCCGGUCCCUGGUGGACAGCGAGGAGGGGGACCGGGAGGGACUGACCUGCGCCGUGUGUCUGGACGUCUUCCUCAGCCCGUACAGCUGCCAGCCGUGCGCCCACGUCUUCUGUGAGCCGUGUCUCCGCACGCUCGCCAAGAACCGACACACGACCACGCCCUGCCCCCUCUGCCGCACCCUCAUCUCGCACACCGACUCACACGAAGAGCUCAACCAGACGGUGAAGACCUUCUUCCCUAAAGCUCACAACGCUCGCCAGCUGAACUUCAAGAAGGCUCCGUGUGCUAAGUGGCCUCUGCCCAGCGGUCGCAAGUGCUUCCGUAGCUUCUGGGGGUAUCGGAGACACGUUGCCGCGGCGAGGGGACGCUGGCACUUCGCCCACGGCGGCUUCUCGCUGGACGCUCUGAACUUCACCGACAUGCGGCUCUUCGACCUCGGCCUCUUCCUCGACUACAUCACGUCCGUCAACUGGAUCCUGGCGUUCCUGCUCCUCGGCUUCCUCGUGUACUUUUUCUUCUUUUGACGAGCCGAGGACGAUUGAGAGUUUGCAGUGAAGGUUUAUCAAUCUUCAUUUCUCUCUGAAGAGAUUUUCAGACUUUGAGAAAGACACAUCGAGUUUAUGUUGAAGGAAACGAUAAAUCCUGAUGUAAAAGAAAAUGGAAGCGUUUACACUGUGUGAAGAGUUCAUCGUCUUUACUGAAAGUAAAAGACAAAGACAAUCAAGUGAAUCAUUUGAAAUUAUGCAACUGUGAAUUUUUUAGAUUUGAACAUAAAGUGUUGGAUUCAGUAUUUUAAUCUCCAGGAGAUUAAAACAGUCUUUUUGAGUUCUGUUUGCUGGAUUGUUCAAUAGAAAUAUGAAAAACACUGA